GUGUCACGCUCUUGCACUCUCGCAUCCCCAUUCUUCCGCAGUCCUCUUUCCGUAGCCCAUUUUCUUCUCCUGACUCUCCGCGGAGAGCACUACGUGUACUGACGGGAAGCGACCCAGCGCAACCCAGAACACCGCAGCCGUUUCGGAGCUCGGGACUCAAAAAUGGCAGAGCAACUUUCUCCAGGAAAGGCGACAGACCAGGUGUGCACCUUCCUGUUCAAAAAGCCGGGUCAAAAAGGGGCUGCAGGCCGCCGGAAGCGCCUGUUCUGCGAUCAAGAGCCCGGAGACAGCAGUAGCAGUGACGAAGGCAGCACUGUGGUUCGCCCGGAAAAGAAGCGAGCGACCCACAAUCCGAUGAUACAGAAGACCCGCAGCAGUGGGAAACAGAAAGCGGCUUACGGCGACUUGAGUAGCGAGGAGGAGGAGGAGAAGAACGAGCCCUUGAGUCUCGGUGUGGUCUACAAGUCCACCCGCUCGGCGAAACCCGUGGGGCCAGAGGAUAUGGGGGCGACUGCUGUCUACGAGCUAGACACGGAGAAGGAGCGUGACGCACAAGCCAUCUUUGAGCGCAGCCAGAAGAUCCAGGAAGAGUUGAGAGGCAAGGAGGAUGACAAGAUCUAUCGGGGUAUCAAUAACUACCAGAAAUACAUGAAGCCCAAGGAUACGUCUAUGGGCAAUGCUUCCUCUGGAAUGGUGCGGAAGGGCCCCAUCCGGGCUCCCGAGCAUCUGCGUGCCACUGUGCGCUGGGAUUACCAGCCUGACAUUUGUAAAGACUACAAGGAGACUGGCUUUUGCGGCUUCGGCGACAGCUGCAAAUUCCUCCAUGAUCGUUCAGAUUACAAGCAUGGGUGGCAGAUCGAACGUGAGCUUGAUGAGGGUCGCUAUGGUGUCUAUGAGGACGAAAACUAUGAAGUAGGAAGCGAUGAUGAGGAAAUACCAUUCAAGUGUUUGAUCUGUCGCCAGACCUUCCAAAACCCAGUUGUCACCAAGUGUAGGCAUUAUUUCUGCGAGAGCUGUGCGCUGCAGCAUUUCCGCACCACCCCGCGCUGCUAUGUCUGUGACCAGCAGACCAAUGGCGUCUUCAAUCCAGCGAAAGAAGUGAUUUCUAAACUGGAGAAAUAUCGAGCUGCAGAAGAGGGUGGUACUUCCGAUUUCCCAGAAGACCCGGAUGAGGGUCCAAUUCCCAUUACUUAGUUUUCUCAUUAUUCUCCAAUCUCAAAAUAAAUAUUUUGGAAAUUUUAAUUGGUGUCCUUCCUUCCUAGGGAAAGUGACAGGAAAAAACAGGUGGUGAAGUAGGGUCCUGCAUAGAUGGCUUACAGAAGCAUCGAGGUAGGUAUAAUCUGGAUUUUUACUGGUAUAAAUGCCUGUGUAUAACUUUUCAGAACCCUUUGGCAUAAAUUAUGGGAAUGGGAGUUCAAAAAGAGCUAGAAUUUGCUUGAAAUAACCAAAGCUCUGAUGAAAAGAAAAACCGAAUCUAUUUUAUCACAUUUCUGUAUCACUUAAUAAUUUAUGAAAGUACUUUCAUGCAUUAUUUCUAUUGGGAGACUGUGCUAAUUCAAAGUACACCCCAACCAAGGGGGAAAGGUGGGUGGAUGAAUUGGGUUGGGGGACUGGUGGCUAGCACCACAGAGUGCAUGUAUGGAAAAUGGUCCUUGUUCCCCUUGAAGCACCUGUAGUAACCCCUCCUAACAUGGAUGAUUGAAGUGAUCUAUGCUGUGCUGUGCAAUAUGAUACCACUGGCUUGGGACUGUGGAACACUUGAAAUGUGGUCGGUAGCCACCGUCUUGGACAUUGCAGUUCUAGACUAAACUUGCGAACGUGCAGGGGUCAAAAAUCUAGUAUUUUAUAAUCCAUUGUCUGAAACUAUCUGUCCUCACAGAUCAUGCCCUAUUAAAGUUAAUCUAUGUCGCUGCCUUCCCAAUUAGUUUGUGAACUCCUCAGUGACUAGCCCAGUGUUUGGCAUAUAAUAAGCACUUAAUAAAUAAAUGCAGAGAAUUUUCAAAAGGGGAUUGGGGCCAAAGACUUGAAUCCAAGCUGAGGAGCUUUGACUAUAUUCUGUAGGUAAUGGGGAGAUAGAAGAGUUUUGGGAAAAGGAACACAAUCAGACUUUUUUAAUGUUACUGUGUUGCAGGCUAUCAGGUAGAUUGCAGGGAGAUGGAUGACAAGAGGCAGGGAGUCCAGGUAAGCCAAAUUACCAGUAAAUUUUUAUUGAUCUGGCUAGAAUUUGGGUUGAUCCCAGGAUACAGAUGCAAAAAUAAACUGUGGGUUAAGUUGGAUGUUUUGUUUUUUAUUCACAUUCAUCCAUUUAAGGAUAUCCUUUAUGCAACUACUCUGUGUCAGGCACUGUGCUUGGCAUACAGCAUAUUAUUAAACAAAAUGGACACAGCCCCUGUCCUCAUGGAGCUAGACAUCAGUGACAGGUGUGAUGAGUACAAGAAAAAAAGUGCACUGGGUUGAUCUCUCAGGAAUAACCCAAUCCCAGCUUUAGAGGAGUUCAGAAUCAUAAACUCACUUAAUGCAAUGUGAUACAUUCUACAACAACAAUGUGUAAAAUGUACUGGGGAUAAAUGAGAUACAUGAGAAAUCUACUAGAAAAAAGGGCUUAAGAAAGCAUCACACAAGAAACAG